UUUCAUAUAUACAAUUUUGGCAUAGAAAUAUAUUAUUUAUUGAGAUAUGACCAUCAAUUCUUGCUGUGAAAUAUUGAAUAUUUGCAUGAAAAUCAUAUAAAGUAUCAUUUACUAGUCUUUGGUCUAUUUUGCAGAAAUGUGCACAAAGGCACUAUAAAUCUUCAAGAUCCGGACUAAGUGGCUAAGAGAACGAAGAAGAGGAGGAAGAAUGGAGUUGUGCGAGAAGAAACGAAGUAGCCAGGGGGCCAACUAUAGAAGCGAGGAUCUACUUGGGAAGAAAGAAGAAAGGAGGAGGGCCAAAGUAAAAAAAAGACAGAUCAGAUCAUGGGGGAUCAAAAUCCCUAGCACGCCUCCAUUCCCCAUCGGGCCUGGCUACACAUCUCUCCCUCAUCCCUCCUUCUCCUACUCCGGCCGCCGCCACGGCUAGGCCGGCGUGGUGGCGCGUCAUCAGCUCCUCCCCACGCCUCCACCAGCUCCUCCGCGCCAUCUCCACCACCCACCACACGCCACGAAAUUCAUCCACCAUCGCCACUAUCUCCAGCCACCGACGCACCUCGCGCGCCUGACCAGACAAGAGGGUCACGGGCGUCUGGUCCUCCACGUGAGUGUCCCGUGCUGCUGAUCUUCUUCUCCUCACCACACUGCUGCUCUUCCCUCUCCAUCUCUGCUGCUGUUCUUCUUCCCCUUGCUGCUGCUGCCUCCUCUCCGUUGCAUCUCCCUUAGCACUGCUGCUGCUUCUCUCUUCUGCGUCCCCUGCUGCUCCUAACUUUCUCAAUCUCUGCUGCUUCUUCUCUGGGACCCCUUGCUGCUGCUUCUCUCUGAACCGAACUGUUGCUGCUCCCUCUCGCACGAACCUGCUGCUGCUCUCCUCUCCCUGAUGCCCUUGCUUCAUCUCUGAACCAAUCUCUGUUGCUAUUCUUCAUCACCAACCCGAGCCUACUGUUGUUCUCUCUCUCUCUCUCUCUUUGUGUGUGUGUGUGUGUGUGUGUGUAAUUCAUCAAAAUUAUUGUUGUGUGAUGAUGAUACUUGUUCAGUCCGAAGACAUGUGUUGUUCUUAUUUUGUAGACCAUUGAGAGUUUGUACUGUUACAUUGUGACCCUCAUUUCAAAUGUAUGAGAGCUAGCUAUAUAUGUCAAAUAUAUUCUGUACUUGCUGAUGAUUGGUGUCCAGUUUAUUGUUCUUAUGAUAUAAACACAUAUGUGUGUGUGUUUGAUGUGAAAUAAUUAUAUAUAUGUGGCCUGUUUGUCAGCUAGUGAUUUGUAUAAAUUCAGAUCACUACUUGUGAUUUUAUUUUGUAUUGAAUUUACUCUCUAUGGUAGUCAGUUGUGUGAUCAUUUAAUUCUCAGUCUCUGUAUUAGCUCUGUACCUGUAAUAUUUGUUGUGACAUGAAGCAUUUUCAUCCCUGUCCAUUAUCUUGUUUCUUCUCUCUGUCAUACACUUGUUAGAUGUAUGUGUUCUAGUAUUGUUGUUUCCCUUUGGCCAUAUUUGUAUGCUUGUGUCAGCGUCUACUUUGAAAGUACAAUCUGAACCUCCCUUUGUUUAUGUUUCUUUUCCUUUAUUGAUACUCUUGUUAGUGUUAGUUUAUUUUCUAUUUUCAUCACCCAAUAUCAUGUUACCUAGCUUUAGCUGAGCAUAGUUGUCAUCGCCUAGUCUCUGAGGAGAACACGAUACUCGCAGUUUGGGGCGUAAAAACCCUGCUAUAUUACUAUCGAUCAUUUUGGUGCCGUUGUCGGGGACUAGCGUCGAGUGACCGUGUUAGGCUAUAGACUAGGUUUAUUUUAGUUCCGUGUUUAAUUCGUUGUGUAUUUCAUUUUCUGCGUUUCUUUUAUAUAUAUUUUUUCCUUGUUGUUGCUUCGGCUUAUUAGGAUACUAACCUUCUGACUAGUGUUUACUGUUUAUGAAUGUGUGUAGGGAAUCAUAAAUCUUUGUAGGUUGUUCUAUAGUUACACUUGGUUAAGAUAUGGCAUUGCUUCGUGAUCUUUGGAUGCCAAGUAGUCAAUGUUAUAUCACAGGACCGGUUUGGCCAACUAUUGAGGUAGAGAAUUUUGAGCUGAAGCCUGGUCUUAUUGCUUUGGUUCAACAACAACAGUUUGGAGGACUGCCUACUGAGGAUCCCUAUGAGCACUUACACCGAGUCAUGGAGUAUUCAGAUACAGUCAAGUACCAUGGAGUUCCUCAAGAUGCAAUCAUGUGCAGGCUGUUCACAUUCUCCCUCCGCGAUGAUGCUCGUGCUUGGUAUCAAUCCUUGCCAUCAAGGUCAUACAGUUGGAAUGAGAUAUCGCGAGCUUUCUUGGAUAAAUAUUUCCCACUACACAAGCAGUCCACAAUUCGAGAUGAGAUCUUCAAUUUCGUUCAGCGUGAAGGCGAGAGCUUGUAUGAUGCUUGGGAGAGAUAGAAAGCGUUAUUCAGGAGAUGUCCUAAUCAUGGGCUCGAGAGAUGGUUAGAGUUGCAGAUAUUCUAUAGAGGAUUGACUUUGAACACUCGAGCUUAUGUCGAUAUGGCAGCGGGUGGAGCUAUUACAAACAAGACACUUGAUGAAGCUUUUCUGCUGAUUGAGAGCAUAGCUUCCCACCAACUUCAGUGGUACAAUAAGAAGCCCACAUCUGAUUCAUUGGUUUGCUUGCAACAAAUCACUACACCUCAACCACCAAUUCUUACACAAAAGCCCGAGCCUCUAUCUCAGUGUGACAAGGUUGAGCUUGCAUGGAUUAUAUUUGACGAUGAUGACACCAUUCUAGUUGACACACACGCUGUAGAUCAUCUGGAUACUAGUGUUGGAGAUUCAGUUUUGCAUUGUGAUGAUUCUUCCAUGGAUGAGCCAGAGCUGCAGUUCGUUGCUUUUGAUAUUGAGGAGUCACCUUUAGUUGAUAUUGAUCAUGUGUUGCUAGAGCCAGAUAUGGAGAAGUUCGCCUUUGAUGAUGUUAGCCGCAUUGAUUCUUCAACACUUGAGCCUGAGAUGGAGAGCUUCAUGGUUGAUUAUGGUGAGGUGGAUUCAGAUGUCAAGGAGUCAGGCUCUAUUUCACUUGUUGACACGAGUCCGGUGGAAAUUUCUACUACCACACCUCACUUGGGUGACCAAGUUCGAGAUGACAUCCCAUGGGAUCCUGGUGGAUUCACGGCAUGGUGAAGAGGAGAAGCAAGGGGGCACACACGAAGAAGAGUGAAGCUGGAGCAUCCAUGAGGAAGCAAAGGAGAAGAGGAGCAGCUUAGAGAUGAUCGAGCGAGUGCUACACCAUCAAAGCCCGGUGAGCUGUUUCAUGACCCCAAUCUGAAUAUAUCAUCCGUUGAUAAUGCUAAAAUCAUUCGAUAUUUGAGUUGCUUGAGCCAUUUCUUAAAUGAUGUCCCACUGAAUUUUAUUUGACAUAUUGUGCUUGAUGUGAACAUGACAACUGUUGUUGAAUGCCUUGUAAACUAGUGAUCUACAUACUGCUUGCUUUGCUGAAAUUAGUGAAAUUUAUUAGUUUUGAGUGCUCAAUCCCUAGUACACUAGAAAACUUAAUCAUUUUCUGCUUUUUACCUCGAUACACCUAGAUCAUUAAGUGUCAGAUGCUGAGUUUGUGCCUAAUGUGUUCCCAUUGAGAGCAAUCACCUAACCACUAUGGAUUAGUAUGCUAUGUUCCCUGGAUCGGUAGCAUGUGAACCAGACAUGGAGAAGUGAUGAUUCCUAUUUUUGUGCUUAUGCGUUGUUCAUUU